GUUGCUCGACGCCAGUCGACAGUGCCGCGGUCCAGGGAUGCUCAGAGUCACGUUGUUCGUGCUGCUGGCGGCUGUGGCCGCCGGCGACAAGCCGGUGCCGGCCCCGGUGUCGUACACGCCCGCCCCGACGGCAGCCGGCCCGACUCUGGAGCUGGUGGAGGAUGCUGCGCCGGCCGCGGAGGAGGCUGCUUCAGUGGAAGAAGCCGCUGCCGAAGCGCCUGCCGAAGAACCUGCGGUAGAGGAGCCUGUGGUGGAAGAGCCAGCGGUGGAGGAAGCCCCUGCUGAAGCCGCCGCUGAAGCACCUGUUAAAGCCGUCGUUGAAGAGCCUGUCGUUGAGGAGGCGGCCGCCGAAGAGCCCGCUGCCAAGGUGGCUGCCGAAGAGCCCGUAGUGGAAGCGCCUGCUGCUUCUGAGCCUGCUGCUGAAGAGCCUGCCACCUACGAGCAGCCCACCAGCUACCACCAGCCCGCGUACGGCCACCGCCAGCCGGCGUACGGACACCACCAGCCGUCCUACGGCCACCACCAGCCGGCGUACGGACAUCACCAGCCCGCUUACGGACAUCAACAGCCCGCAUACGGACACCAGCCUGCGUACGGGCACGCCAAGCCGUCUUACGGACACCCUCAGCCGUCUUACGGCAAGGCGCACAAGCCGGCGCCGCCCGCCUGUUCUGAGAACACCACCAAGGCCUGGUGCCUGGAGGACUCCGAGUACCCGACCCACCGGAUUGCCAAGGCCAUCGCGCUGCACUACAACACCUUCGUGCUGCAGUACCAGGACGUGCUGGCCGACACAGCCAGCUCCGUGGACCGUCUGCAGAGCCUGGAGGAGGAGACCUACCUCUGUAGCAGCGCCACCAGCUACGUGAGGCCGCUGCGCGCCCAGGACACUGACGGCAAGUGGAGGAUCAUCGUCAACAACGUCCAGGUGCACGACUACACGUUCACGCAGACGGCGCGCCUGGAGGAGUGCUCGGCGGCCGGGGAGCCGUGCCCGCUGGUGCCCAGCUGCUACGAGUCCACCUGUCUGCAGAAGUCGGUGGUACACCGGUUCCUGGUGUACGACGAGUACGAUCACUACUCGCCGUUCGCCAUUGAGACCUUCAAGCUGCCCUCUGCCUGCGCCUGCGCGCUCGGCGCCUACGAAAUCAGUCACUAAAAGAAACGGCCUCAGAUCGGAUUCAUGGAUUAAUGAAUUGUUGGAUAUUUCAAGUCGGGAUCCUGUGGUUUUCACUUUGGGACUUAUUUAUUAUAUUUAUUUACGCUUUGCGAAUGAAUCCUUGAGUGGCCGUGUAUUAUGAUAUGCUGUGAUAGACGUAGUAAAGAAUAAUUUACGUUUGUGGCGUUCUACAUGUGAUCAUAUUGUGAUUUGUUGCGUUUUUGUGUGUUUGAUUUAUGUUCUAAUCAGAGCUGAGCGCGACCCAUUGCCGCCCGCUCAAUCAGCGUUGUCAACCGGUGUCUCGUAUUGUCCAAUGCUCACUGUUGUUCCAUGUAUCGUCCUGAAUGGCCAGUGCCAGUUGACCUUGUGUGACCGUCCAAGAUCCGGCGGCGCGGCGGCAGUCUCUGGGGGGAGCUCUGACGUCAUCACUGCGUCAUCAGUCAUCACAUGGUGUCUGUGUCUGGACUGGCCGCUGGACAUUUGAGUACCGGUACAUUAUUACUCAGAUACCGUUCGUGAAUCUACCCGCGCUGGUAGAAUGCGUUUAUUGCUCAAAUAAGACUGUGUAUUUUCUGAUGCGUAGUUAGUUCGUAUACCUUAGGCUAGGACGCACAUUUUUAUCGCGAUUUUUACGACUGUGUGCUCUAUGGUGAAGUAAAAUGAAUAUAUUAUUAAUGCAGCAUA